AUGGCUGCCAGCAACAACACAAGUGAGGGCGUCGAUGCCUGGAUCAACUAUUAUAAACCACCGUCAGAUGGAUCUCCACCGCAGCAUAAUGACCUAGAGAUCAUGUUGGGGGAUAAGGACAUGGUCUCCUAUCGCAUGCGCAUCCACAACUUGCGCGGACGGGAGAACGACUUCAACCUCGAUACCCAUGGACUAAUGUAUGCCAAACUGCAGACAAAAGUACAGGAUUGGGCAAACGAGGAUGAGAUCAGGUCGAUUUAUUUUCCUGAGGUCGAGGAACUCGUCAAGAGAGUCACCGGGGCCUCUCAGGUAUUAGUCUACAACCACACAGUUCGCAAUGCCACCGCAAACGACUACGGAGAUCAUGUCAAGGGGAUUCAGGGAGUCACCGGCCCCGCACGCCGCAUUCACGUCGACCAGACUCCUGAAGGUGCAGUGAGCACCGUGGCAUUCAUGUUUCCAGAGCAGGCCGAAGAGUUUACGAAUCGGGGAUACCAGCUGCUGAAUGUUUGGCGGCCUCUGGCUCGAGUUUGCCGUGACCCCUUUAUGGUGGCAGACAUGUCUAAGAUGCCAGAGUCAGAUCUCAUCUCUGUUCCGCGAUCGUACUACAAUGGGAUGAAGUCUUGGAACUAUGCCGUGAAAUAUAGUGGCAAUGAGGAGCCUAAUAAUACAGAAGUGAUAGUGGAUGGGAAGAGUAGCGGCGGAGAGCACAGUUGGUGGUAUAUUGGAAAUCAGGAAGCUGACGAAGCCAUGAUCUUCUCUUGCUCUGACCUUAGGCCAGGGGAAAGGGCGAAUGGUGCUGUUCACGGCUCGUUCUGUCUACCUGAUCAGGACAAGAUUCCGGCAAGACAGAGCAUAGAGGUUCGAGUUGUAGCAGUCUAUUGA